CCAUGUUUUUAUUGGGAGAUUCCGAGUGAGUGUCAGGCGAAGACUUUCGCUCUUCAGUAUUUGCUUGUGUUGUUUGGUUAAUUAGGGAUUACGUUUAAUAAUGGAAGAAAAAACACAAAUAAAAGAACUUGAUCAAUGGAUUGAACAGUUAAUGGAAUGUAAACAGUUAGGGGAAAAUCAAGUGAAAACCUUGUGUGAAAAGGCUAAGGAAGUGCUAGCAAAAGAAGGCAAUGUUCAGGAGGUCAAGAGCCCAGUCACAGUGUGUGGUGAUGUCCAUGGUCAGUUCCAUGAUCUCAUGGAACUCUUCAAGAUUGGUGGUCGUUCCCCUGACACCAACUAUCUCUUUAUGGGAGACUAUGUUGACAGAGGCUACUACUCUGUUGAGACUGUCACCUUACUAGUCACACUCAAGGUACGCUUCCGUGAAAGAAUAACAAUUUUGCGAGGAAACCACGAGUCACGUCAGAUCACUCAGGUCUAUGGUUUCUACGAUGAAUGCCUGCGCAAGUAUGGCAAUGCAAAUGUGUGGAAGUACUUCACUGAUCUUUUUGACUACCUUCCCCUUACUGCACUUGUUGAUGGACAAAUUUUCUGCCUACACGGCGGCUUAUCACCAUCCAUUGACACUCUGGACCACAUCAGGGCGCUAGACAGGCUGCAGGAGGUGCCACAUGAGGGCCCUAUGUGUGAUCUUCUGUGGUCUGACCCUGAUGAUCGUGGUGGCUGGGGCAUCUCCCCUCGAGGUGCUGGCUAUACAUUUGGCCAGGACAUCAGUGAAACUUUCAACCACUCCAAUGGUCUGACGCUUGUGUCGCGAGCUCACCAGCUUGUCAUGGAGGGCUAUAAUUGGUGUCAUGAACGUAACGUCGUCACCAUCUUCUCGGCCCCAAACUACUGCUACAGAUGCGGCAACCAAGCGGCCAUCAUGGAACUUGAUGACUCUCUCAAAUAUUCAUUCUUGCAGUUCGAUCCAGCUCCCCGGAGGGGCGAGCCUCACGUCACUCGGCGCACUCCGGAUUACUUCCUCUAAAUUCGACAACCAUUCUCCUUCAUGCCUCCAUUGGCAGUCUAGUAGCAAACGCGUUUGUCACCAACAUCACAUUACAGAUGCUUUUAUCGACGAUAUUUGCUACGUGCUUGUUUGCUCUGUAUUGCUAGAUGUUUCUUGGACGUUGCUGUCAGCAUGUCAUCAGCUACACGAUAUUGUGAAAAAAUGAAGCCAUUUGCGUCAAUCAACGCCGGAACGUGUCUCAUAUUUAGGAUAGUCUUUCGUGAAACCCUAAUAUUUCCCUUCGUAGUCUCUCCUAAGUAGUUGACAGUUUUUCUGUAGGAAGCUCAUUGUGCGCGGACGAUAUUUGUUGAUUUUUUCAUACGUAUCUUAUUCUCAUGUGUCAAUGAGCUUGGUUAGCUUUUUGAUUUACAUUUGCAUGACGCCUGAAAUAACGCGCCUGAUAAAAAUUCUUCAUUGUGGGUAUUUUUUACUAAUUCCAAAUUGGUAACAAAUAUUUGGUGCAUUUAUGUUGCAAGUUUUUUUCUUUUGGGGGGGGGCAGCACUGCACUGCAGCAUUUUUUAGGACAAGUACCUCGAGUUUUUGAAGAAGGUUCUACAACUUUAUGCGUCGUGAUACUGUCCAAGGGUCCUGAUGCAGUGUCAUUGGGCGAACAUUAUUUUCGAAGCAUUUGGGUUUAAGGAAAUGAGCAUUAUUCGACGCAGGCGCAACAAGACGAUUCUGUCUAGUAAAAUUAUUAAAUUGCUGUAGUGAAUGUCCCACCGGGUUCAGGGAUUGCCUCUGUCCUUUAAUGGUCUACUCGUGUUGAUGAUUUAUAUGCGUUUGUAGUAGUUAAUAAAAAUUCUUAUCCCAUGUCACGACCGACUUCAUUUGAUGUUUGAAGAAUUUGAUUCUUCUGAUGCGAUCUGGGUGUUGAAUCGCAAUUAAAUUGUUUUCGUUCACAGGAUUUUAAUUCGAGUAAAAGGAUCGCCUAUUUUAUUUAGGUAGGCAAUAUAGACCUAGUUCUUCCCGUGUCAACGCUUGAAAUUUCAUGUAAUUAAUGUUUGUAAAGUGAUAUGUAUGCGGCUGUAAGGUUCCAGUUCAAAUCAUUUCCUUUUCAGUUCGCAAACUUUGGGUAAGACAAGAUCAUGAUGCGUUGGUAAUUACUUGGGUAAUAAAUGUCAGGUUGCUCUACGUGGCUGCCUUAAAUGUAAUAGUUUGGAUUGUCUGACAGCAGGUUUGAUAAUCACUGUUAACAGAAGAUAAUUUAGAUCGUUCAACUAACUGUGGCUAAGUUAUGUUUAUAUACUUGAUUUUCAUACGAAUUAAUACGGCUCUGUUAAAUUGCUUACACGAAUUUUUGCUGUGGCAUAAGUUUUAGUGACUUGUUCACCACCAUGAAUAUGGAUGGAUAAUUAUGAAGCAGGCACUAGGCUGAGCCGUAUAUUCGUCACGUUGAUCAUUUACCUUCGAAUGAGUGAGAAGUGAACUGUAUUCAUGUAAAUGUCUAAUGAAUAACGUAUUAAAAAACAACUUUGCUUCGCUAUUGGAUAUGUUUCGGAUUUUUUUUUUUUCAAAUAAACCAUAUAAUCACUAAA